AUGCUUUUGGCAGCCGCCCAAGACGGAGAAUUGCGGCUGGCACUUCCUCCCGCGGUAAAGCAAGUGUUUUGGAGGGUCGUACUGAUAAGCAAUCUCGCACUCCUGAAUAGUGGCAGCACGCUCCACCCAGUGUAUAUUACUUUCACGCGGGUGGUCAAACUGAGUUCAGAUGGUAGAUUCAAGGAAGCAUAUCAUGUACUGAUGAAGGAUCAGAAUGCCAGUGUUGCGGGCUUCCAUCGAUUCUCCGACGCAGUCACCCUGAUUGCGUUGCUUUCGGUCGUCGGGGCAUCCAUAUACGGCGCCUCCCGGACGGUGGCUGCGCUGGCUGAUUAUGGCUAG